CUAAAUUUUCACCUUUUAAUCUCUCUCUCUCUCUCUCUGUCUAGGCGCUCAUCUUCAGGUAUACAAAGCGUUCGUUACAUUCUAUUCACUAUUCGUUGGCUCUCUUUCUCUUUUCUCUGCUUCUCUCUCCACCUACCAGGUCCAGCAUAUUGCUUGGGGUUACCCAAUACCUUUUGAUUUGUAGCAGGCAACGCAAAUGCGCGCGCCUCACACUCUAUCUUGGAUUUUAUUUGCGUCAUUAUUCUAUAGCUGUUAGAUACAGUCUUUUGCAGGGAAGUAGGGUAAUUUCGGAUUCAGACCGGAUUUUCAUUGCUUUCUCCGUCUUGUACAAUUUUUAGGGCUCAAUUUGUUGACUAUUAGCUUCAGAUUUUUGGUCCUUGGGAACUUUGAAUGCUUUAUAGAGAAAUUAUAUCUUAUGAUGGGAUAUAGUUGGUCUCUUGAUAAAAAGGGUUGAUUAUAUUUUGUCAGAUUUAAGAUCUGUUUGAGAUAAGUUGUUCUUAGCAAGAGAGCAGGAACAUAAAAAGUUACUCUUUGAAUCCUCUGGGUAAGAAGAUGAGCAGUGAAGAGAAGAAGACAGGUCCUAAGAAAAGAUCUAACCUAAAUGAGGCUGGAAUCAAUUCAGAGGAUGAUGAGCCCAUUGGAGCGCUCAUCAAGCUAAAAAACCGGAAGACUCUUAAAAAGGUUAAAACAGAUGGAAGUGAUGACAAGGGAAAGGGGAUUGUGGAGGAAGACAAGUUAGUUGCUGCCAAAGAGGAUUUGGGGGGUAUGGAUGAUACACUGGCUAUUUUCAGAAAGAAGUUGAAGCGUCCAAAAAAAGACAACAAGUCUGGAAUAAAAAGUGGUAACUGUAAGAGUGCAGAUGCUGAGGAAUUAUAUGGGAAAGUGUUCACUGACCCUGCAGAGAAUAUAUUAGAAGUUUCAGAGGAUGAUAAAGGUUCUAUAAGCCAGUCAAAAGGACAAAGUGCUAGUAACAACGGAAAAAAGAGUAAAAUUAAGAGAUCUAAGGCUGCUCAUAAACUAAAGAAAGGGGAAAUCAAUGCCUGUCUUUUAUCUUGUUUAGAUGAACAGGGAAGUCACAAUUCCUCAAAGGAGGUCUCAAAACCGCAUGCAUUGAAGUCAAGUGGAGAAUUCAGAACUCCCUCUAUCGAUAGUUUAGAGGUUUCAUUAUCUUCCAUGUCAAUGAAGGUACAAGGAGUAAAAGCACGAUGUCAUUUAGGACCAUUAGAGGAACAAGAAUCCAAGGCUUUGAUAGGAACCAGUAGUGAGCUCUUUGUGGAUGUCAAGCCUGUAGGAGCAACAAUAUCCGGAGAUAUAGAUAUGGAUAGAAGAAUGGGAGAAGAUGAUUUGGCUAUUGAUACUGGUGAGGAAAAAAAUAAUUCUACCUCUUGCCACAAUGAAGUUCAAAUUAAUAGAGACAUUUGUGAUAAAUCAGUUGAUAACAUGCUUGGGGGGCAGUCUUGCAUAAUCACUAAUUCCAGUAUAACAGCAUAUGUUGGGAAAGAUGAUAAAGUUCAUGGACUGAAGAGUGAGUCUGAAGGACUUCAAUCACUCGAUGAGGAUUUUGAUAAUGUAAAAACCGACAAUCCUUGUCUCAAUCUGGAGCAUAUACCAGAAUGCAUAAAAUUAAAAGGUGCUCUGGAAUUAAAUGGUUCAGAGCAUAACCUACUUGAAAUGUCCUGUUCAGGGUAUACAUCCAGACAAGUGGAACAAGCCAAUCAGUCUGAUGAGAAUGCGCCUAUUUUAGGGGUUGGUGAUGCGUUGACUAUGAAAUCUAAACAGUUUUCAAGUAUGAGUCUGAAAGAUUCUUCUGGAAGGGCCUCUCAAGAAGUAUGCGCUAAUGGGGAUUCAUUAGCAAUUGUUGAAAAAGUUGUGAACAAGCUCAAGUUCCAUCCAUCACAAAAAGCUCCUCUGAAGCCCAAACUUCUUUCCUCAUGCUCUGCUUUUGGAAGAGAUAAGAAAGAAGAAUGUCUUAGUGAUUAUGAUGGUUCAAACAAAAGACAAAUUCUUUGUGAUCCUCACAUUCUUGAAACGGAGCGAAGAGAGAUAGAAUUAGACAUUGAUCAAGUUCCUGGUAUCAAACAGUUUUAUUCACAAAAAGAUGAUGCUUCAGUGUGCACAGUCCAUCAAAAUCAACCUUCUGAUCAGGUGCUUGGACCAACAUUUGCACUGAGUGAUGAAGGUAGUGUGGAGGCAACUGGUAACUCUUCUCCAUCAAAUACCCCAGAUAUAAUAGGAGUUGUUUUGGAUGAAAAAUUGCAUAUGCCUAAUACGAAACGUGGAAACUCUAAGAAAUCAUCUGUUCAGCGCACUGCUAGAAAGAUUAAAAAGCGUAGGCAUGGGGACAUGGCAUACGAGGGUGAUGCUGAUUGGGAAAUGCUAAUAAAUGGCUAUGGUUUCUUUGAAAACCGUCAUGUUGAGGGUGGUCAGCCAACCAGGAGAAGACACAAGUCCAAUCUUCCUUCAGGUGUUGUUGCAGCAGUGUCUGCUGGACUCAAAGCUCGCGCAGCUGAUCCAAUUGAAAAGAUAAAGUUUAAAGAGGUAUUCAAACGUAAAGGUGGGCUUCAAGAAUAUUUGGAAUGCAGGAAUCAUAUCUUGGAUCUUUGGAGUAAAAAUCUCAACAGUUUUUUGUCUCUUGAAGAUUGCGGUGUUAUUGAUGUUCCUUUCACAAAUGAACCACCAAAUGUGUCUCUGGUUAGAGAGAUAUACAUGUUUCUUGACAAAUAUGGGUUCAUAAAUUUUGGGGUUGCUUCUGGAAAGGGUAGAGGAGAAACCUUGAAAAUUUUGAAGAUUUUACAUGAAAAGAGUAAAAAAGUCUCCAGUGACCAGGUUGCUAACCUUGAUGACGGUGCUUCUGCUAUCCCUGUGCCCUCCUUGGAAGUCAACAAUGACGACGUAUUUAAUGAUGAAAGACGUGCUGCUGGAGCAUUGAAAGAAGGGAUACAAAUUCCUGAGCAGAUCAAUGAAUUACCUUCUCAGAGAAGAUCUGAUGCAAGCCAAGAUGAUGAGAUUGAUGUUUCCUCUUGCCCUGACAAAGUAAUUGGUACAAUGCUCAAUAUGGAUGCUCCUACUACUGAUAAAUGGAAUGAAGAACUGACUAAAAGAGUUGUUCCUGUUAUAUCUUCAAAUGAUGAGCAUCUCUUUGACGAAGCUAAAUCUGUACCCAAUCAUCAUUUUGAAGGAAGUAUGACAUCGCAGAAUGAUUCAAAAGAAAAAAGGAGAAUCAUUGUCAUUGGUGCUGGCCCGGCCGGCUUAUCUGCUGCGAGACACUUACAGCGUCAGGGAUACUCUGUUGAUAUACUAGAGGCAAGAAAUAGGAUAGGAGGUCGUGUUUACACAGAUUUUUCAUCUCUAUCAGUUCCUGUGGAUCUCGGAGCUAGCAUUAUUACAGGGGUUGAGGCAGAUGUGGCUACAGAAAGGAGACCAGAUCCUUCUUCUUUGGUGUGUGCGCAGUUGGGCCUUGAAUUGACUGUAUUAAAUAGUGACUGUCCACUUUUUGAUAUUGUUACUGGAAGGAGAGUCCCUACAGACUUGGAUGAAGCACUAGAAUCUGAAUACAACAGUCUUCUUGAUGACAUGGUAUUGCUUAUUGCACAUAAACGUGACCAGGCAAUGAGAAUGUCUCUUGAGGAUGGUUUGGACUAUGUUCUUAAACGACGUCGAUUUGGAAGAAAUCAAGUGGAGAAGCUUAUGGUUAGUGCUGCAGAUCCAUCAUCUGAAUCUGAUAAAUUUAAUGUUGAAAGCUAUGUUGCCGAGAACAAUGGUUCCAAGGAGGAGAUAUUAAGUCCUCUUGAGAAGAGGGUCAUGGAUUGGCAUUUUGCACAUUUGGAAUAUGGUUGUGCUGCUCCGCUCAAUCAAGUGUCACUUCCUCAUUGGAACCAAGAUGAUGCAUACGGGGGUUUUGGAGGAGCUCAUUGUAUGAUAAAAGGGGGUUAUAGUUCUGUUGUUGAAGCCCUAAGUGAUGAUUUGAACAUUCACUUGAACAAUGUUGUCGAAGAUAUUUCAUACUUCCCAAAUGGUUGCAAAGAUAAGCUGGGUGAUAAGGUCAAAGUUGUAACAUCUGCUGGUAGAGAAUUUUCUGGAGAUGCAGUGUUGAUAACAGUACCACUUGGGUGCCUAAAAGCCAAAACCAUCAAUUUUUUGCCACCAUUGCCAGAUUGGAAGCAAUCGUCUAUCCAGCGUCUUGGAUUUGGUGUGCUUAAUAAGGUGGUCUUGGAAUUUCCUGAAGUCUUUUGGGAUGAUUCUGUCGAUUAUUUUGGUGCAACUGCUGAAGGAACCAAUGAAAGGGGUCACUGCUUCAUGUUCUGGAACGUCAAAAAAACUGUUGGGGCACCUGUUCUUAUAUCCUUGGUUGUCGGUAAGGCAGCUAUUGAUGGGCAAAACAACGAUCCGUCUGACCAUGUGAACCGUGCUUUAACCGUCCUUCGUAAACUUUUUGGAGAAGCUUCCGUUCCUGACCCUGUUGCUUUCGUUGUGACAGACUGGGGAAGAGACCCAUUCAGUUAUGGUGCUUAUUCAUACGUAGCUAUUGGCGCAUCUGGUGAGGAUUAUGAUAUUCUUGGGAGGCCUGUUGAAAAUUGUCUCUUUUUCGCUGGAGAGGCUACAUGCAAAGAGCACCCAGAUACGGUUGGGGGGGCAAUGUUGAGUGGUUUGCGUGAAGCUGUUCGCAUAAUUGACAUAUUGAGUUCUGGAAAUGAUUAUACCGCAGAGGUAGAAGCAAUGGAGGCCUCACAAAGACAAAUCGACAGUGAAAAGAAUGAAGUACGUGAUCUUGUGCGGAGACUUGAUUCUGUUGAGCUCUCUAAUGCGCUAUACAAAAAAUCUUUGGAUGGCGAGCAGAUAUUUACCAGGGGAACUUUACUUCAGGAUAUGUUUUGCAAUGCAAAAACAACUGCAGGAAGGUUACAUUUGGCAAAGGAGUUGUUGAAGCUCCCUAUUGAUGCUUUGAAGGCUUUUGCCGGGACUAAGGAAGGUCUGGGCAUUCUCAAUUCAUGGAUUCUGGAUUCAAUGGGAAAGGAUGGAACCCAACUUUUGCGUCACUGUGUGCGGCUUCUUGUGCUUGUUUCAACAGAUCUUGGUGCAGUUCGUUUAUCAGGUAUAGGGAGAACGGUAAAAGAAAAGGUGUGUGUGCACACAAGCCGUGAUAUCCGUGCAAUAGCAAGCCAAUUGGUUAAUGUGUGGAUUGAAGUUUUCCGCAAGGAAAAAGCUUCUAAUGGUGGGUUAAAGCUAUUGAGGCAAACAGCUUCCGUGGAUUCAUCAAAAAAUAAGUCCAGUCUAGCUUCAGCAAAGGCACGCUCCCCGUGUUUGCAAGUUUCUACAUCUGAUGGGACACCAUCAAAUGCAGACAAUAAGAGUGUUAAACCUGCUGCCAAGUUAGAGAAGGCUGACACUCAACUAGAGGUUAACCCAUCGAAGUCUCAAAGUUCAAGUUCUAGGCAGGACACCAAGGAAGACGGGAACAUUGUCAUGUCUGAAGAAGAAAGAGCUGCAAUUGAGGCUGCAGAGGCUGCUAAAGCUAAAGCAGUUGCUGCUGCAGAGGCUUAUGCAUCAGCUGAAGCGAAACGCAACGCAUCUAUGCCGCUUCCUAAGAUAUUGUCAUUUCACAAAUUUGCAAGACGCGAGCAAUAUGCACAGAUGGACGAGUCAGAAUUCAAAAGAAAGUGGCCUGGUGGUGCUUUAGGGAGACAAGAUUGUUUAUCAGAGAUAGAUUCCCGGAACUGCAAAGUUAGAGACUGGUCUGUUGAUUUUUCUGCUGCCUGUCCCAACUUGGAUAGUUCGAAGAUGUUAGCCAAAGACCCUUCAAAGAGAAGUCAUUCAAAUGACCUCUCCCGCCAUCCAAACUUGAGAGAACAUUCAGCUGAGAGUGCAGCAGCAGACAUCAGCACAUUUACAAAAUCAUGGAUUGAUGCUUCUGGUAGCGUCGAGGCAAAGGAUAAUGAUGCCAUAGAAAGAUGGCAGUCUCAAGCAGCUGCUGCUGGCGCUGAUUUACAUUCUCAGGAAAUGCAGGUAAGGGAUGAAGAAGAAUCAAAUCUGAGCUCAAAAUUACCUACAUGGAAGCAUAAAGGGUUAGCCAAUGAGAGCUCAGUAUCUCAAGUUACAUUAAAUAAAGAGUUGGUAGGGAAUCAGCCUAAAGAGCCAGAUCGUAUUAAACAGGCUGUAGUGGAUUAUGUUGCAUCCUUGCUAAUGCCCCUAUACAAGGCAAAGAAAAUUAGUAGGGAAAGCUACAAGUCAAUAAUGAAGAAAGCUGCGACCAAGGUUAUGGAGCAGGCGACAGAUGCAGAUAAAGCCAUGGCUGUCCACGAAUUUCUUGAUUUCAAGUGCAAGAAUAAGAUCCGAGUAUUUGUAGAUCUGUUGAUUGCUAAACAUAUGGGCUCAAAACCAACAGCAAAUUCUUGAUGAUGACGUCUGCAUGACUUAUAGCUAUUGGGACUUGGAAACUGGCAUGAGAGAUGUGAUAUGGGCGGCAGCCAUCAAGGAAGAGAGGAUAGAAUUCUGCACUAAUCCGUUUUGAUGCAGUCUGGAGGAUAACAUGUAAAUGCCUCUUGUUGGGUUUUGCAUAAGAAACGAAUUUGCUGCCAAGUUCCAUAUUUCUAGAAGUCAGUAUUAUGGCAUUAGCUCCAAUGAAGAGAUUCAUAGUUUACUAACUUAGCAUAAAAUUAUACAUUUAGAGACAUCUGACAUAAUAUAUUUCUACUUUUGAAGGACCUUGUACAGCUUAGAAUAUCUUUUAGCAAGAAAUGCACAUAAAGUUUUGCUGAUUUCUAAAUUUUUCCUUAGCUUCA